GUUACAUCAUUACAGCGCAAUAACAAAACAAGAGGAAUUCCUCGAGAAUAGUCGAUCAAUUGUUGUUGAAAAAUGUUGAGUGUCGUGAGCUCUUGCCCCCCAGGGGCCCACCUGAGGUGUUUGGCGUGUCCUGGGGCACUCAGGAGCAGCCGAGGAGUCCUGGAGAAGCUGGGGGUGCGGUACAAACACCGGACAUUGAAAAAGUCCUACCAGGCCCUCGGGCUGACUGAGGACUGCGAGGAUGAGGAGUUGCGGCUGGCCUUCGUGCACCUGGCCAAGCAGUACCAUCCGGACAGCGGGUGCUCCGGCGCUGACGCUCAUAAAUUCUCAGAAGUUGAGGGUGCCUACAGGAUGAUCCAGCGUCAGAGGAACCUGGAGAAGGACAGGGGUGAGCAGCUGCCGGACGUCGAACACUUUGAUAUCCAGCACACAGCCCCCCAGCACCGUCAUUUCCUCAGCUACGACACAGGCAGGGGCACCCUGAGCCAACGACAACGGAGGUUCACUGUGGAAAGGGCUCAGAAGGCAGUGGAGAACGUCAUGGAGCACAGACUCAAGAAAAUCCAGGCGGCGGAGAGGAACACUCUAGUUGGAAAAGACAAGACCAGAGCCAAGGACAUCAAAACUAGGUAUGGCAUUGAUCGACUAGUCGAGGAUUACAUCCAGGAGGCGAUGAAUAAAGGAGAGUUCAGCCAACUCUCGGGUAUGGGGAAGCCCUUAAAGGACAGAUCGAGCUCUCAAAACCCUCAUGUCGACUUUGUCACUCAUAAAUUGAACGAAAUUCUGAUUGACAAUGGCUUCACCCCGGAGUGGAUCCAGCUCUCCAAGGAGAUCAGGGAAGAGUCCAAAGACCUCCAAGACUACCUGAAUAACACCAGAGAGACCCUAGGAGCGGUUCCGUUCACCCCGGAGGAUCUGAAAAUCUGGGGAGAAGCCCUGAACUCAGCAGAAGUCACUGUGAAACGAAUAAACGACAAAAUUAACAAGUACAAUCUUCUGGUUCCCAUUCUUCAGAAGCAAAUGGUCCAGAUUAAUUUGAAAAAUCUUGAGAAAAAGGCACUCGAGAGACCUCCAAACUCCAGGGUUAGGGAGGCUCCACUAAUCAAGAGUCAAAGACAGGAAGAAACUUCUUCGAUAUUCGAUUUUUUUAUGUCGAAUUUCGAAAGUAAGAAAAAUUGAUGGAAAAACGGCAGAAGAAAUAAUUUUUAUUUUGAAAAUUGUUAGAGGACGAGGUUAAUCAAGCAAAUUGUCGAAAUAAUAUUAAUAAUAUUAAUUAUAAUAAUAUUUUCACCUCGAAAAUUUGUAAAUAAAGAAGUUAAUUUAUGGAAUCUUUGAAGAAUGAUCAAGUGAUGAUUAAUUUGUUAAAAAAUUUGUAAAUAGAUAAAUAUUAAUUAAAAUUGAACUUCCAUUCGAAA